UUAGCUGCAAUUAUUAUGUGCGUCCUCAGCGCAUAAAACUUUACAACCUUCUUCAUUAAUUGGUUGUGUCGUACAUAUUCAUCUACGCAUCUAAAUCAUUCUAUAUAUCUUCUUAAAUAAGCCAAUUGCUCUGACUCUCAUAAUAUAAACUCUAUUUAUCUCUUCAACUCGUCCUAUUUCUCUCAUAUGAAUUCUAUCUUCUCUUUAUUUUCAUUUUGUUAUUAGUGUUUAUUUUCUAAUACAUAUAUAUAUAUACACACGCAUACUUCAAGAAAAGAAAAAAAAAAUGAAGGAGAGAUCCAUGGAGAAGUUUGUAGUUUUUCCAUUCUCAUUAGGGUGUGUUGGAGUAGCCAAAACCAGUAGAAGCCAACCUACAAAGAACACAAAGAGUUCAAUAUUACAUCAAGCUGUUUUAACGAAAAUACAAGUAGGAGAAGACAGUCCAUCAAAAGUGAAAAUAAAUGGCUUUUGGAGAUUUUUGGGCAGACGACGGUUUUCUGAAGGUGUGCACACAUUGAUCAAAAGAAGUUUCAAAGGUUUCUCUCAAUUAUUUGUGUACAAAAAAGAGAUUGAAGAAGUGGAAAUGGAGAUGGAAAUAGGGUAUCCAACAGAUGUGAAGCAUGUAACACAUGUAGGAUGGGAUGGAUCCACUAAAACACUUGAGUUACUUUCUUUACCUUCAAUUUCCAUCAAACAAUUUGAACUUGCUAUGGCUGUCCAAGCUGGUGGAUCCUCUAGGUUUUAGUAGUAACAAUUUUUGUUGAUUUUUUCCCCCAUUUUUUUUGGUUCCAUUUCAUGAUCUCAGUUGUCAUUUUUGCUUUUAUUUUUGUUGUCCUAUUCAUGAGUGUGGAAAAAUCAUUUUUGUAUUGUGUCAUGGUGGUAUUGGUGUGUAAAUAUUACUCCA